GAAGGAAGCUCAGAAGAGCAGCAAAUCUCGCAGAACCCAUACAGCUGCCUCGGCCAGCUUCAGUCUCCUCCUAGUCGUCAUCAGUAAUAGCAGCUGAGAAACAGAUUUGCUUCCAGCUCCUUCUUUUUGGUUGUCCAUCUUGAAACCUGCAUUUGUAUAAAACUCGCUUUCCUCGGUGCUGGGCGUCCUGUGGAGCUGUGCAGACUCAUGCGUGAUGGCAACGUGGCACAAGACGGAGAAGAGCGGUGUGGCAAUAUACAAUUUCAAAGGCACGGGAAUACAGCAGCUAUCUCUGCAAAUUGGUGAUGUGGUCCAUAUCUUGGAGUCCUGUGAAGAUUGGUAUAAGGGAUAUUUAGUAAGACGUAAAGGAUCAGAGGGAAUAUUUCCUAAAUCGUUUAUUUGCAUCAAGGAAGUUACUGUCGAAAAGAAAAGACAUACAGAAAACGUAAUACCUGCUGAAAUUCCCUUAGUUCAAGAAGUUACCACUACACUCUGGGAAUGGGGAAGCAUCUGGAAACAGCUCUAUGUGACAAACAAGAAGGAGAGGUUCCAGCAGGUACAGUCUAUGAUGUAUGACUUAAUGGAGUGGAGGUCACAGCUUCUGUCUGGGACUCUGCCAAAAGAUGAGCUUAAAGAACUCAAACAGAAAGUCACUUCCAAAAUUGACUACGGUAACAAGAUACUUGAGCUAGAUCUGAUAGUUAGAGAUGAAGAUGGAAAUAUCCUGGAUCCAGAUAAAACCAGUGUCAUCAGCCUAUUUCAUGCACACGAAGAAGCAACUAACAAAAUCACUGAGCGAAUUAAAGAGGAGAUGUCAAAGGAUCAACCAGAUUACACAUCGUACUCCCGAAUGUCUUCAUCCCCCACUCAUAGUCUGUAUGUCUUUGUGCGGAAUUUCGUUUGUCGAAUUGGAGAGGAUGCAGAGCUCUUUAUGUCACUGUAUGAUCCACAGAAAUUAACAAUUAUAAGUGAGAACUACUUGGUGAGAUGGGGGAGCAAAGGCUUUCCAAAGGAAAUUGAUAUGCUCAACAAUCUGAAAGUAGUGUUUACAGAUCUUGGAAAUAAAGACCUUAGCAGAGAUAAGGUUUAUUUGGUUUGUCAAAUAAUCCGAGUUGGAAGGAUGGAUCUUAAAGACAGUAACUCCAAGAAAUACACACAAGGACUAAGAAGGCCUUUUGGAGUGGCAGUCAUGGAUAUUACAGAUAUCAUAAAAGGAAAAGCGGAAAGUGAUGAAGAGAAGCAACAUUUCAUACCUUUUCAUCCGGUAGUGGCAGAGAGUGACUUUCUACACAGUCUCCUAAGCAAAAUCACAGCAUCAAAAGGAGACAGUGGUGGACAAGGUCUCUGGGUUACAGUGAAAAUGCUUGUUGGAGAUGUGAUUCAAACGAGGAAGGACUAUCCGCAUCUUGUAGACAGAACAACAGUUGUUGCUAGAAAGCUGGGAUUUCCCGAAAUAAUCAUGCCAGGAGACAUAAGAAAUGACAUUUAUAUUACACUGCUGUAUGGAGAUUUUGAUAAAUACAAUAAAACAACUCAGAGAAGUGUGGAAGUAAUAAUGUGCGUUUGUGAUGAAGAAGGGAAAACCAUACCAAACGCCGUUUGCCUGGGAGCAGGGGACAAACCCGUCAGUGAAUAUCGAUCGGUUCUCUACUACCAGGUCAAACAGCCGCGCUGGAUGGAGACCUUAAAGGUAGCAGUUCCUAUUGAAGACAUGCAAAGGGUGCAUCUGCGCUUCAUGUUCAGACACAGGUCAUCUCAAGAGUCUAAAGACAAAGGCGAAAAGAAUUUUGCAAUGGCCUACAUAAGGCUAAUGAAGGAGGAUGGAACAACUCUUCAAGAUGGCAUCCAUGAUUUGUUAGUUCUAAAGGGUGACAGUAAAAAAAUGGAGGAUGCUAGUGCAUAUUUGACAUUGCCUUCUACACGUCUACAUAUAGAAAAUAAAGCAGCAACCCUAGGCAGAAACUCAAGUAUCGUAGGUGGGCUCUCAGUAAGCUCACGAGAUGCGUUUUAUAUUUCAACUCUUGUUUGUUCUACAAAGCUAACUCAGAAUGUGGGCUUAUUAGGUCUAUUGAAGUGGCGCAUGAAGCCAGAGCUGCUGCAGGAGAACCUGGAAAAACUGAAGAUUGUGGAUGGAGAGGAAGUUGUGAAAUUUCUCCAGGAUACUCUGGAUGCCUUGUUUAACAUCAUGAUGGAACAUUCCCACAGUAAUGAGUAUGAUAUCCUUGUCUUUGAUGCACUGAUAUAUAUCAUAGGACUCAUUGCAGACCGUAAGUUUCAACAUUUUAACACUGUUUUGGAAGCAUAUAUCCAACAGCAUUUUAGUGCAACCUUGGCAUACAAGAAACUAAUGAGUGUUCUGAAGACUUACUUGGAUAUUUCUAGCCGAGGAGAGCAAUGUGAACCUAUCUUAAGAACUCUGAAGGCACUAGAAUAUGUUUUCAAAUUCAUUGUUAGAUCCAGGACAUUAUUUUCACAAUUGUAUGAAGGCAAAGAACAAACAGAAUUUGAAGAAUCUAUGAGGAGACUGUUUGAAUCCAUCAACAAUCUGAUGAAAAGUCAACAUAAAACUACCAUUUUGUUGCAGGUUGCUGCUUUAAAGUACAUACCUUCAGUUCUUCAUGAUGUUGAAAUGGUGUUUGAUGCCAAGUUACUGAGCCAACUACUGUAUGAGUUUUACACAUGCAUUCCACCAGUGAAACUCCAGAAGCAGAAGGUACAGUCCAUGAAGGAAAUAGUACGCAGCAACCUGUUUAAAAAACAAGAAUGCAGGGACAUUUUGCUUCCUGUCAUUACCAAAGAACUGAAGGAAUUACUGGAACAGAAAGAUGAUCAGCAGGUCCAAGAGAAGAAGUACUGUGUUGAAUUACUCAAUAGCAUCCUGGAGGUUCUGAGCUGUCAAGACCCUGCAUCAACUUAUCACCACAUUCAAGAUAUAAUGGUACAGUUAUUACGUACAGUGAACAAAACUGUCAUUACAAUGAGACGAGAUGAUUCAUUAAUUAGUCAUUUUGUUGCAUGUAUGACAGCCAUCUUAAACCAGAUGAAUGAUCAGCAUUACUCAGUUUACAUUGAAACUUUUCAGACAAGUUCAGAACUAGUGGACUUCCUGAUGGAAACAUUCAUCAUGUUCAAGGAUCUCAUUGGAAAGAAUGUUUACCCUUCAGAUUGGAUGGCUAUGAGCAUGGUGCAGAACAGAGUUUUCUUGAGAGCCAUCAACAAAUUUGCAGAGACAAUGAACCAAAAAUUCCUGGAGAAUAUGAAUUUUGAAGUACAACUGUGGAACAACUAUUUUCAUUUGGCUGUGGCUUUUAUUACCCAAGAUUCACUACAACUAGAAAAUUUUUCCCAUGCAAAGUACAACAAGAUCCAGAACAAAUAUGGAGAUAUGAGACGUUUAAUUGGCUUUGCUAUCCGUGACAUGUGGUACAAACUCGGCCAGAAUAAAAUCUGCUUUAUACCAGGGAUGGUUGGACCCAUCUUGGAAAUGACUCUUAUUCCAGAGGUUGAACUACGAAAAGCUACAAUUCCAAUAUUUUUUGACAUGAUACUGUGUGAAUACCAAAGGACAGGAGAAUUCAAAAAGUUUGAAAAUGAAAUCAUUUUGAAGUUGGACCAUGAAGUGGAAGGAGGACGUGGAGAUGAACACUACAUGCAGUUGUUUGAGUCAAUUCUUACAGAGUGUGCAAGUCAGUAUCCUGCCAUUUUUAACUUGGUUGAGAGCUUUGUCAGCCUCGUUAAAGGUCUCCUGGAGAAGCUGCUGGAUUACCGCACUGUAAUGAAUGAUGAAAGCAAGGACAAUCGCAUGAGCUGCACUGUGAACUUACUGAACUUCUACAAGGACAUUAACCGUGAAGGAAUGUAUAUCAGAUAUUUGUAUAAAUUGCGAGAUCUUCAUUUAGACUGUGAGAAUUACACAGAAGCUGCCUAUACCCUUCUACUCCAUACUUGGCUCUUGAAGUGGUCAGAUGAGCAGUGUGCACCCCAAGUCAUGUCAACGGAGUUCCAGUGUUCACAGACCUAUCGACACUUAAAAGAGAAUCUGUAUGAGAAAAUCAUAGAAUACUUUGACAAAGGAAAGAUGUGGGAAGAAGCUAUAUCUUUAUGCAAAGAACUUGCAGAGCAAUAUGAGAAGGAAGUUUUUGACUACGAGCUUCUAAGUCAAAAUCUGGUUCAACAAGCAAAGUUCUAUGAAAACAUCAUGAAAAUUCUGAGGCCUAAACCAGAUUAUUUUGCUGUUGGAUAUUAUGGACAAGGAUUCCCUACAUUUCUAAGGAACAAAGUAUUUAUCUAUCGUGGGAAGGAAUACGAGAGGAGAGAGGAUUUUCAGGCACAGCUGAUGAGUCAGUUUCCCAGUGCGGAGAAGAUGAACACCACCUCAGCACCUGGAGAGGAUGUGAAAAACUCUCCUGGUCAGUACAUACAGUGUUUUACAGUGCAGCCAGUCUUGGAGGAACAACCUAGAUUCAAAAAUAAAGCAGUACCUGAUCAAAUUAUAAACUUUUAUAAGUCCAACAAUGUCCAUCGGUUCCACUAUUCAAGACCAGUUAGAAAAGGAUCUGUUGACCCUGAAAAUGAAUUUGCUUCUAUGUGGAUUGAGAGAACAUCAUUCGUUACAGCAUACAAACUUCCUGGAAUUUUACGAUGGUUUGAAGUUGUCUCCAUGUCACAGACUACAAUUAGUCCUUUAGAGAACGCUAUUGAGACUAUGUCCAUGACAAAUGAAAAAAUUUUGAUGAUGAUUAACCAAUACCAGAGUGAUGAAAAUCUUCCUAUUAAUCCGCUUUCGAUGCUUCUGAAUGGAAUUGUUGAUCCAGCUGUUAUGGGUGGCUUUGCUAAAUACGAGAAGGCUUUCUUUACAGAAGAAUAUAUCAGAGACCAUCCAGAGGAUCAGGAAAAGCUGAAUAGACUUAAAGAUCUAAUUGCUUGGCAGAUACCCUUCCUUGGGGCUGGAAUUAAAAUUCAUGAAAGAAGAGUUUCCGACAAUCUUCGUCCUUUCCAUGACAGAAUGGAGGAAUGUUUCAAACAUUUAAAAGUGAAAGUGGAAAAACAAUAUGGAGCUAGAGAACUGCCAGAUUUUGAUGACAAGAGAGUAGGACGGCCAAGAUCAAUGCUGAGAUCCUAUCGCCAGUUGUCGGUUAUUUCAAUGACUUCCAUGAAUUCAGACUGCACUACUCCAAACAAAAUUGUUCCAGAAAGCUUUGAUUUGGAAGUAAUACUACCUAAGCCAGUGAAAUCAGAAUCAGAGAUGAAUGCUCCACAAAUUAAUCCUAACCCUGAAGUGAAGAUGAGAAGGUCCAAAAAAAGAACAAAAAGAAGCAGUGUGGUGUUUGCUGAUGAGAAGACGGCACCUGAUAUUUCCAUGUCUGAUAUGAAAUGUCUGUCAAGGAAAUAUGAAUUUAUGAGUGACACCAACCUCUCUGAACAUGCAGUGGCACCUCAGAAAACAUCUGUCCUCAAGCAGAUGAGCUCUGUCAGUCGUUCUAUGCCAACUAUUCCAGGAUUAACUCUGUCUGUCAGCCCUGUGACAUCUGAUGAAACAAUUGCAUCACACAGGCUGAGUCAGCCAGUGUUUCCUUCCACCUCAGAUGGUGAUAAGAAAACCGUCAAGAAAAAGAAAGUGAAUCAGUUAUUUAAAACAAUGCGAAUUUCCAGAGUUCUAGAAGAUGGAAAGCAGCCUGUGGAGCAGCAUUUCAAAUCUUCAUCUACAGACCUAUAACUCAUUCUGUUAAAUAACCACUUCUCAAACAAAAUUGAUUAUAUAUACAUAUGUGUAUAUAUCCUAUUUUAGACCACUGUCUACUGUAAAGAAGGGCACCAACAAUAUAGGUGACUAACAGAGUAUGGAUGAAGUAAUUCAUGGGCUCUGCUAACAGUGACACCUACAGAUACAGGAAUAAUAUUUAAAGCUGAUACUACAGGAUGGGCUUACUGGGAUACAGAUCAGAAGUAUAUUGAACCUCUGGUUAACAAAUCAAACAGCAUUGUGUGUUCCCUGUGCUAAAAACUCAUUCAUGGUAAGAAAGAUGCUGAAAGGUCAUCUGCAGUGCUUACCUUAUGUAUCAUUAAGUCCUGUUCUGUUCUUUUCAAAGAGUAUAUGAGUUAUCCUUUCUUCUAGCUUGUAUAGGCACAUUCUGGUUAUCUUUAAACUACUGCAGGCAAUGUGGUCAAGGCAACAGUUGGCUCAGCACAAAACAGUCACUAAGAUUAUUCUCUGUGGCUGCUGGAUUUACAGUCCUCAAGUCCCCCUGCUGCCCUGCCACACUGCUCUGUUUCCUCAUGUCUUUCUCAAAGUUGUGUCUUUGGCUGUGCUACUGUAUGACCAGAUUAUUUUCAGAAUGGCAGCUAUUAUACUAAAGCUGUGCAAAAGUUUACUUAGAUGAGUACAAGUUGAUAUGACAACCAGUGGUGUGAUAAACAAAAGUUGCAUUUUCUGCUGUUUAUCAAUAAAAUAUUACAACCUUAUUUGCUUUGAACCCUUUUCACUGGAAUAUUUAUAUUUAUUAUGUAUGUCAGUAGCUUUUUACUGACAGCAAAUGGAACUAUACAGACUCAAGGCUUCUGCAUAUCAUCUGAUGAGGUAGAGUUGGAUGUUAACGCCUCAUCAGCAUGAUGUUAUACAGCAACACAGGUCAGCAUUUCACUUUUCUUUUUCAAUAAGCUGGCAGUUCUUUCUAAAGGUAAGCAGUUUGUCCAAAAUUUAAAAUUUCUCAAGGAGAAUAAUUUAUUUCCUUCACACACACUUGGAUAUUUCAGACAUUGUAUAAAAUAGAAGCAUUUGUAGUGGUGUGGACGGGAGGCUGGUCUUGUUGCCAUUUGUGUGGAUCUGAGGAAGAAAAAGAGAUAAAAAUUAUUCCUUGCUAAGUGGUGGAAUCGGUGUAAAGGCAACUUGAAUUUGCUCUGUGCCUAUAAACAAUUUUAUGUUCAACAUGAAUAAUUUAAUUAUUGUCAA